AUGACGUCGAGGCUGUUUGCUGAACCGUGUAUGAGAGUUGUUAAAGAGUCAACUAAUCCAUUCGCCACGGUCCCUCGCCUUCUUUCGUUUCUUCCUCCGGCUGGCUCUUUUGCUCUCUCGCCCUCUCCGUCAGCCCCGAUUCUGGUCUGCACCACUCCUCUCCGGGGCGUAGACAGUGCAGGUCUGUCGGUCCAGCUGUCCUCUAGCAGUGGCUGCGUCAUGCAUCACGCCGCUGCGGGAGGGUGCAAAUCCUACCCGGAUGGAGCGUCUGUCUCUUUAGCUGCUGGGCCACUAGCCACCCUGCACGACCCCCCGGCUCGAUCUUGUGCCCAGAUAGUUUCAACAAGGGGAGUUUCAUCCUAA